CAUGUAAACAAAUGGAACGAAAUAAAUGAUUCUGCAUGUUUUUGAUUAUGUCUUAAUUUUUUAAGUCUUUCAUCAAUAACCGAUACAUUUUUGUUUUUGUAGUAAAUUCGUUACUCGACUAUGAAUGAAACAUUAUAAAUGAAAAUUAUGCAGUAAUUUAACAAGGAAAGAGUCGAGAAAAUGUAGGCCUUCUUGACUUGACCCCAUUUUUAACAUAAAUAAUACACCACGUCUUACUUACUUUGUAAUAGAGUUCACUGAACCGCUAUGACUAAUUAUAAUGAACCGUUAUGCUACAGUUAUAUGUAUAGAAUGUACAGAUACUGUAUUGAUUAAUUAAUUGCUGUACAGAAAGAAGAAAACAGGUUUGUUCUAUGCUUAAUCAUAAAUACAAUCGAUCAAAAGGAAAGUUGUUUUGCACUUCGAUCACUAAUCCAUGUAUCAUAGUUUAAUGAUUUGAGGGAAAUUCUGUCUAAAAUAUGAAGACUUCUGUCAGUGCCAAAUCUGAAAUGGCAGAAGAGGAAGAAACACAAGAAGAAGAUGGUGUACUGUUCUGGGUCAAUAAAAACGGUUUUCCGAUAGAUGAAACAACCUGGGAAAGGAUGUGGAACCAUGCUUCAAAAAUACAUCCAGAAGGAAACAGCUUAUCACGGAAUAUAAUGAAGAAACAUUUGCCACAGAUUGCAUUCCCUUCACCACCACUUAGUUUUCAAGCAUUAGUGUCAAUUGAGGAGAAAUUGGAGAAGAUUCAAAACUACAUGAAGGCAUUACAGUAUAACCACACUGGCACACAGUUCUUUGAGAUCAAGAAAAACAGACCACUUUCAGGGCUAAUGGAGUGUGCCAAAGAUAUGAUUCGAGAAGCUCUCCCUAUCAAGUGCUUGGAGGCAAUUGUUCUUGGGGUUUUUCUGACAAAUGGAAUGAUGGGCUUAGAAAGAUAUCCAAUCAGCUUCAAGACUACAUUCAACGGAUCAACACAUCGGCAUGUCGUUCUGGGAGUUCAAUAUGGCGGCCGGUAUGGUGCACUGGGCAUGAGUCGGAGAGAGGAUCUCAUGUACAAGCCACUAGAGUUCAGGAGUCUUGCCGAUAUUGUUUUCGACUUUCAGAAAGCAUACUCUAACUAUUGGCAUGUGUUAAAAAAAGUCAAAAUAGGUUUUCCAGUCUCACAUGAUCCACACAGCUUUGAAGUAAUUAACUGGAAGGCCUUGAAUCUUACUGUAUCUCGCAUGGACAAAAAAGAUAUUGUAAAAGACAUAGAACUACACUCAAAAAUCAUAAGAGCAAGAUCUAGAUCCUGGACCAUGCCUCCAAACAGUCCAAAGAAAAUGGCUACCUAUGUUGACAGUUUCAAAGAGUCACCGUAUGUAGCCAAGCCGUCAACUUCGUCUAGAAUAAUUAGAUCACAAACAGGUAUCUUGACGAAAUCUGCAGAAAAACCUGCAGCUGUCAAACGCAAGAAAAAUAGAAAAUCAAGUCCUUCAGAAUAUCAAAUACGAAUAUAACAGUAACUUGAACUGUGUCAAUACAACAAAACAUUUUGAACUGAGAUAUGCAAUACUUAAAAGCAAAAGAGACUUAAUACUCAAAUGUAGUGUAUAAUGUUUAUUUAUAAACUGUAAGUAAUGUUUUAUACUUAUACUAAAUGUUUAUGUACAUGUAUAUUCUGACAGUGAUUAUGAUGCUCAGCAAACUGUUGAUGUGCAAAAUACAUACUUGUAUUUCAUGGGUAAAUUCAUGGGUAAUAACUACCGGCCUCUGUUAGAACAAUGGCUUUAAAACUAGCACUGAGAGGUGCUACAUGUAAGUUCACAGUCAACUGCUGACACCAAGUGAAGAGUUUUUAAAGCUCACUGGGAAAGUGUUAGGCCACUGCAUGAAGUUGUCUUCACUAUAAACAACUAACAACUAUACAUUAAACCUCUGAAGUUGUCUUCACUAUAAACAACUAACAACUAUACAUUAAACCUCUGAAGUUGUCUUCACUAUAAACAACUAACAACUAUACAUUAAACCUCUGAAGUUGUCUUCACUAUAAACAACUAACAACUAUACAUUAAACCUCUGAAGUUGUCUUCGCUAUAAACAACUAACAACUAUACAUUAAACCUCUGUUCAUUUUCAUGUAUCAGGGCUUCUACAAUGGUUAUAAACAUUCACUAGCCAUUGGAUCAAUGAUUUAAAAUAUUUACUAGCCAUAAUUAAAAAUUCACUAGCCAUUGGAUCAAUGAUUUAAAAUAUUUACUAGCCAUAAUUAAAAAUUCACUAGCCAUUGG